CUUAAAAAGAGGCAGGCCAAAUUUUACGGAUACUUAUAAGCAGCAUGUCAUAACCCUUUUGUGUGUGCUUUCAAGAGUUGAUACAUAAAACUCCAUCCUCCAUCUCCGUCGGCUGCUUCAACAACCGUUCUUCCGAACUCAUGUUGUAUCGUAAAGUUGUUUCAUUUCAUGUCGUGCCACUACAAAUCACGAAAUGUAUUACAUACACCACGCCGCUUUGAUUUCUAUACAGACGAAGGAAUUCGAACAAUCAUUUGUCUCAAGUUUUUAUGAGAGAGGAGGAAAAUCAAUCAGGGAAAUUUCAUUAACUUUAAGUAAUGAAAGAAACCCUUCGUCUUUUGAGGGGUAAAAAUUCUAUGCACUUUUUAUUCUAUUAUUAAAGACUACUGCGUAAAUGUAAGUAAAUGACGUCUCAGGGAGUAAAUUCUAUUAUAAAAUGGGGAACUUGUAGCCAUGAACAAACCAAGGAUUGAAGAAGUGCUUUUUGACAUCCGUUACAUCGCUGCGAAGGAAAUACUUACAAAUCUCAACCAUUUUGUCUUUCAUUUCUUUCAUUCAUGCCAGAAAUGCAUCAUACAUAAACCCGGCCGAAAAGUACAUACGCAGACGAAUACCUGAGAAGGCAAUCACCAGACCACUCAUUCAUUUCUUGGUCUCAGGUAAAUUCCUACUUGACUAGUUGGGUUUUUACUACCAUGUAUGCAACCUGUUCUCGUGCAGUAUAAUAAGAAGGCGAAUUAAAUAAAAUGACUCUCUUGUCAUCAAUCAAUGACAUUGGGCAAAACUCUUACUCGUUUUAUAAAGUUCUAAACUACACGAAGCUUUUAAAUAUGGACUAUAAAAUGCAAACUGCAUUUAUAUUUAUGUAUUUUCACGAAUCCGGUACAAUUCUUACUGGUAGUUAUGGGUUCUUAAUGACUGAAACAGGAAAUUCCAUUUUUACACUUUAAUGCAAUUGUGACACAAUUCACAUCCUCCAGAGUGCAAUAAAAAGGUGUCAUUAAACGAGGAUUUGUUGUCUUUUACGACUUUUUGACCAUGUUCAAGUUCCGUAAUGAUCAAGCUAAACGAAAGCCGAAGCGAAGCUAUCCCUUUUUCAUCAAUUCUGCCCGAUGGAGACUGUCGGAGAGCUAUUUUAAGGAAAAUUAUCACCCAAGUCAGCUCCACGAUUUUAACUGGGAGUAUUGGGAGUCCGUUUGCAGGGCGGAAGGGGACACUCAAGCAGAGACUGUGAUUCAAAUGGAUGAAAAUGAAAAUAUUCAACGAAUGAGGAACCAGGCGAGAACUUUCUCAAUUUCUGGAGAAAAUUGUCCAAUGCGCAGUGAUCCAUGCGGCCGUGGUGAUGCCACUGGUACCGAUUAUGACAACGUAACAAUUCAGUGUCCACAGAAUAAAAGCAAUAAAUUGCAAUACUUGCUGCAAAUUGGUCAACGUGUCGUCAAAUCAAUUUCUAAUAUCUGGACGAGUAAUGGUGUCAUUAAUAAUUCAAAUGACAAGUUGGGAAAUACUAAUGAGCGAUUAUCUCAAGGGUCCAAAUUAAAGAAGAGUAAUUCUAAAGUACCAGAACCCCCAGAAACUGACCAAGACAAGGCGUGCGUGAGGUGUCUGAGGUGGCAAGAGUCGCACAAAACUUCUCUCGAAGAGGAAAGUGAAAACAUGGUCGAAAUGAGUGAAGACGCUUCCUUUCUCGUCUAUCGAGACCGUAGGGGACGACGUGCUAAUGGUUUGAGAAGAGUGGCUUCAAGCGAGUCCGAAGAGUCAACUUCUUCGAACGACAGUCUCAUCGCUGGACCUCCAAUGAUUGAUUUCAAUGAACCCUUGCCUAACAUUCUGGAGCAUGAAGCGAUCCACACCAACCCCAUCAGCAAUGGAGACGCGAGACUUUCUGCGAGAGAUUUGGAUGCGACUUUGGGCAAUACAAGUCGAGAGAAUUUACAAACCGUGGUGAGCCAGUUGGGACUAGAAAUUCCUGUACAAAGCAAGUCAUCCUGCCACACCCCACAGCACCUCCACUCUCCUCAACAAUCGAGCUGUUGUCGCCACGCUGCUCACAACAUUUCCAUCGAAUCUCUGGAUUUGGGAUCCACCGGUGGGGCUGGAUUCUCCUGUGACCGUAAUCCUGCCGGAAACAGAUUUGCGAAACGGCCCCUGUCCACGAGGAAAUCUUGCUCGUCUAUCAAUUAAGCCACUCUCUAUAUAGAUUUAAAGCAUUAUCACCACCCAAAGAAAAAUGAAAGUUUUUGUUUAAAAUUCCUGUGAAAAACUUGCACAACAAUUAAUACUUGCGAAACAAUGAUAUACAUAAUUUUAACACCUCCUCUGCUAUGUAUUAAUUGUUGUGACAUGUUAAUCCAAAUAUGAAGUAAAGUAAAACAUCCAUGUAUUUGUGGCAGAAUGUAGUUUGUGCGGGGAUGGUUUUAUUUCACAGCUAUACAAUAUAAUACGUACGUACAUAUAUAUUUUGAAGGUAUUGGUUUGGUAACUGUAUUGUUGUACGAUACACAUUUUUAGCAUAUAUGUAAGAAUA